ACGUUAUGCUGUUUGCCUUGGAUCCAUAGAGGGUUUACCGCCAUGUGUUGCUCUCAAGAAUGAUGUAGGUGGUCCGGUACGCUUACAGGAAGGACAUCUUCCCAGCUGUGAAAUCCCGCAAACCUCCUGGCAGUGGACGUGUCAGCUCACUCACGCUCUUGUCCUUCAUGGCUACUCCAAUCCAACAGGCUGGGCUAUUGUCCUUUCUGCCUGUUGAACUUCUUCUUGACAUUUGUUCCCGACCAGAUCUUUCCAUCAACGACCUGAAAUGCCUUCGACUAGCCAAUCGAGCCCUUUGCGGCAUCUCGACUUCCCUAAUAUUCCAUCGUGUCUACAUUUCGAACUUGCGAAGGGACCUCGAGGCCUUCAGAAAUAUCAUGUCUACGCCUCACAUCGCUUCUGUUGUCAGAAAGGUUGUCUUCCUCGAAGUUCCUGAUUUCAUCACCUACGAACAUGAGAUUCGAUACGGCAGGACAGGCCUGGACGAAACGCUCUACCGGUCCACUCUAUGCCAUAAAAUCGCCGACAAUUUCUGCAAGCCUAACAAGCCAUACUUCGCGUCGGAUUAUCCUGACCAACACACCAGACUCCUUGUAGAUGCAAUAUCAGUAUACCGUCCUCUUUUAGGGUCGAUGUCAAAACUCACCACGCUAGUCUCAGAGCCAAUCAGCAUCACUCGAUUGCUAGCCUUCGGAGCUUAUAUCAGAAACCCAUCCGAGGCAGACCAACAUGACUGUGAAGUUCUCCUCAAGGACGCGACAGUGAAACAUUCCGCAUGGCCUAUUGUCGGGUUUCGGGACGUCUUCCCUUCCCUUCUUUCCGGACCAGGGCUGGAGGUUUCGAGCCUGGUUUGUCGAAAGAUAGGAAUGACCCUGUUCGAGGAAGGUGAGGGCGUCGAAGCUCUCAUCGCCAGCUUCGGUCACAGAGGCGAUAUGGGUGCGAGCAAAUUUGCGAGGCUCACAUCUAUCGAUCUGGAGUUCCUCUGGAAGCUACCUAUCGACCUUCCCGAAUGCCUUGCUGUCGCCACUGGGCUAAGCAGGUUGAUUCUACGGGUGCGUAAGGAGGAAGAGUCUACGGCUUACGCAAUCGAUCGAACCAAGCUAAGAAAAUGAGAACUGGCAAUCGAUCGCCUAAUUUCUUACCGGCGCUGACCCUUUCACUCGCGCGAAACAAGAGUGCAAUCUCCAGAAGGAGAGGGUGAUUCCAAUCCGACACGGCCUCUACACUCAAUCCCCCGAAUGGUCCAUAUCUGGAGUCGAGGGCACAGAAACGCCAGCGUGAGUCGAGAAGUUCGUGGCAUCUCUACUGACGCUGACCCGCCUAAGCACAACCGGAUGAUCACGAGCAGCCUUCUCGAAGCAGACUGCCAAG